AUGGCAGCGCCGCUCGGGCCUCCCGGCUGUCGCCUCUUCCGAACGUACGGAGGGGUCGCGGGCGGGGGGCCACGGCGGGGGCCGGCCCGGGCAGCGGCUGCGUGGUUCCAGCCGCAAAGCCGGAAGUAUUUCUCCAGCAGCGGCAGCGACACCAGCGGCGGCGCCGCAUCGCCGUCCGUCACGCCCGACGACCCGAAAGACCCCGAUUUCGCCUGCAGCCGCGUGACACCGCCGCGGCGCCGCAUCGCCAAGGAACCCCCGGGCUUGGCCGUCACCCCCACGCACCUGAGGCUGCGAGCUCGGCCCCCGCGCAAGUGCAGCACCCCCUGCGGCCCGCCCGGCCCGCCGCCCCUCCCCAGCUGCAGCCCCGUCCGCGGACACCCCAGGGACAGCAGCGAGCUCGGCACCAGCGCGUCCCUGUUCAGCCCUCCGGCAUCGCCGGCGCCCACAGGAAAUACCAGAACCCGUGCGGGCCCUUCUGCCUCCGUGAUUGACAUCUCCGACCUUUCCAGCGAGCCCUCGGUCCCAGCAGCGACUCUGGACCCAGCAGAGCCGCCCUCCUCUCCUCUGGCGUCCAGGUGGGACUCCCAACCCAGCGGCAACCUCGGGUCAGCCCUCUUUGAUCCUAAGAUGGGGGCUAAGAGGAAGACUAGGCGGAAGUCCAGCAAGAGGUUGAAAAACCCAGGUGUAUCAAGGAUCUGUAAGAAGAGGACCAAGGGCCCCGGCGGCUUUCGGGGGGCUGCCCUCCUAGGGGACUGUGAGGAGACUGAUGGUCUUGGGAGUUGUACGGUAUCUGUGGAAAUCAACAGGCCUCAGAAAGCUGGGUCCUGCCGGAAAAGGAAACGUCGGGAGACCCUGGAAACCUCCCUGCCUCUGCAUGGCCAGCAGCAUCAACAAGAUCAUGAUACGGAAAACGAGCCCUGCCCCGGCCAAGACCUGACUCAUUUGCAGAAUGCUUGCUCAUGGACCCAAACUCGGGCCUCCUUCGGUUUGCACAAGAAGAAGGUCGUCACUGCUGUGAGCAAUGGCAGCACCAUUGACAAUGCACUCUGUAGCUCCCUCCUAUCAGAGUACUACGAAUCUCCAGUCGCAAACCAACGAAAGGGUGCUCGGGCCCCUUGGCGCUCGUCUUCUAUGUACUUGCUAACCCCCAUACAGAUGACAAAUAUUGCAGACAAAAAGGCAUCAGAUGCCAAAAAGGUGUAUGGGGAAUGCAACCAGGAAGGCCCUGUCCCCUUUAGCUGUUUCCUUCCCCCAGAAAAAUUGGAAUGCUGCCAGAAGAUUGGGGAAGGGGUGUUUGGUGAAGUGUUUCAACUAACUUUUAAUCACAUGCCAGUUGCCCUGAAAAUCAUAGCUAUUGAAGGACAGUGUCUAGUGAAUGGAGCCCAUCAGAAAACUUUUGAAGAAAUACUGCCAGAGAUCAUCAUCUCCAAGGAGUUGAGCCUCUUAUCUGAUGAGCUAAUCAACCGUACAGAAGGCUUUAUUGGACUGAACUCUGUGCACUGCGUUCAAGGAUCUUACCCUCCCUUGUUUCUUAGAGCCUGGGAUGAGUACAACUCAGCCAAAGAGUCUGCAAAUGAUCGACCUGACUUUUUUGACAAAGACCAACUCUUCAUUGUGCUGGAAUUUGAGUUUGGCGGAACUGACUUAGAGCGAAUGAAAACAGAAUUAACCUCCCUUACUACAGCCAAGAGCAUUCUCCACCAGGUCACUGCAUCCCUUGCAGUGGCAGAGUCCUCGCUGCACUUUGAGCACCGAGACUUACACUGGGGGAAUGUGCUUUUAAAGAAAACCCACCUUAAAGAGCUCCACUAUACCUUGGAUGGGAAGACGAAGUCAAUCCCCACUCUGGGGCUGCAGGUUAACAUCAUUGACUACACUCUGUCACGCUUAGAGAGAGAUGGGAUUGUGAUUUUCUGUGACAUUUCCAAAGAUGAGGACCUAUUUACAGGGGAAGGUGACUACCAGUUUGAGAUCUACAGGCUAAUGAGGAAGGAGAACAACAACUGCUGGGACGAAUAUCAUCCUUAUAAUAAUGUGCUCUGGCUCCAUUACCUCACAGACAAGAUUCUGAAAGAAAUGACCUACAAAAGGAAGUGCAGUAAUCCUUCUAUGAAGCAAAUGAAGAGGAAGAUACAGCAUUUUCAUAGGACAAUGUUGAACUUCAGCUCAGCCACUGAGCUGCUCUGCCAACACUGUUUGUUUAAGUAA